AUGUUUAAAAGUGAAAAGGGCUGGAAGUCACGGCGUCCAUCGUCGACAUCGUUUUGGAAUUUUUCCGGGUCGUCUCCAAUGUCACCAGCGAGUUCUCACAAUAGAGUAGCAGCUCCUGCGUAUAGACCAUUACUGAACUUCUUGCUGCGGAGAAAGAUUCUUAUUGUGAUUUUUAUUUUCAUUUUGUUACUGUCGUUGUUCACGGCAGUGCCAUUUUUGCCGCAUUUCUCGUUUGGUUCUGCCAACUACGUCAUCAUUUUGGCUGCCAACGAGGGCGGUGGUGUCAUGCAAUGGAAGGGUGCUAGAGAAUGGUCGGUUGAACGAUCCAGUAUAGCCAAUAAGAAGCAAUAUGCCGAGCGUCAUGGAUACAACUUGGCUAUUAAAGACGUGUCUGCCAAAAAGAGAUAUGCUCAUGAAUGGAGAGAGUCGUGGGAGAAGGUCGAUAUUAUCAAGGAAACCAUGCGCCAGUUCCCAAAUGCUGAAUGGUUUUGGUGGCUCGAUCUACACACAUAUAUAAUGGAGCCUCAGAUCAGUCUCGAUUCGCACAUUUUCCGCAAUCUGUACAAUGAGACGUAUCGCGAUGCUUCAUAUUUCAACCCACUAAGCAUUCCCAUUGAAAUCCCCUACGUAGACUACAACCAACCCAUCGACCUGGUCAUCUCACAAGACUGUGGUGGUUUUAAUCUGGGUAGUUUCUUCAUUCGUCGUUCCGAAUGGACUGAAAAGUUGCUCGAUAUCUGGUGGGACCCAGUGUUUUACGAACAAAAACACAUGGACUGGGAACACAAGGAGCAGGAUGCUCUUGAAACUCUGUAUAGGAACCAGGCAUGGAUCAGAGGCCGUGUCGGUUUCAUCCCACUGCGUAAGAUGAACUCGUUCCCUCCUGGUGCCUGUAGCGACAUGGCCGACGACAGCAGGUUGUUCUAUAACGAAAAAGAACGCGACUUUGUCGUCAACAUGGCAGGCUGUGAAUGGGGCCGUGACUGCUGGGGAGAGAUGGAGCAUUACAAAGCUCUCAGCAAAAAGCUUCACCAAAAGAAGUUCUGGUUUUUCUAA